UGUUCCUUAACAGGUUUUCCUUCUCAGAGGAUAAAGUUAUGGCUGAAAUGGGUGAUAGAAACGUAGAUAAAAUAACUGCCAUUCAGCAAGCAAUAGCAUCUUGUUUUGGAGCUAUAAUUGCAUCUUUUUUUGUUGCUCCUCUUGAUGUCAUCAAAAUUUGAUUGCAAGCCCAAAGCAAUCCAUUCUCCAAAGGAAAGUGUUUUGUAUAUUCCAAUGGCCUUAUGGAUCAUAUAUGUAUUUGUGAGAAUGGGGACAGCAAAGCCUGGUAUAAAAAACCUGGGCAUUUCAAAGGGACAUUGGAUGCUUUUGUGAAAAUCAUUCAAAUAGAAGGAAUUAAAUCACUGUGGAGUGGACUUGCCCCAACACUAAUAAUGGCACUUCCUACCACAGUAAUUUAUUUUACAUGCUAUGACCAACUGAGUGAAGCUCUGAAAUCUGGCCUAGGAGAAGAUGAUGACCACGUUCCAGUUCUUGCAGGCUCCAUAAGUAGAUAUGAAUUUGAGGUGACACUUACAAAGCUAGAAACAGGCAUUUGUCUGGUUUUCAGUUGGCUCCGUGACUCUCGUGAGCCCCCUGGAGCUCCUCAGGACACGAGUGCAGUCCCGCCAGUUGUCCUACGAGCAGCUCUACCUGCGCGUGCGCAGCGAGGUGGCCACGGACGGCUGCUGUCGCUGUGGAGAGGCGGGAGCUCUACUGUUCUCAGAGAUGUGCCCUUCUCAGCAAUAUAUUGGUAUAAUUAUGAACGUUUCAAGAUGAUGUGCAAGAAAGUUGGUGCACAUGAAUCAAAAUUCUUUGUUGCUUUUACUUCAGGAGCAGCAUCUGGCUCUAUUGCAGCUGUCAUAACUCUACCAUUUGAUGUAGUGAAAACACAUAGGCAGACUGAACUUUGGGAGAGAGAGACCUUAAAAAUUCCACAGAGGAAUAGUACGUCAGUGUGGGCAGUUCUGAGGAGAACUGUUGCUGAAAAUGGAGUUGCUGGAUUAUUUGCUGGUAUUGUUCCACGACUCAUUAAAGUUGCUCUUGCUUGUGCCAUAAUGAUCAGCACCUAUGAAUAUGGAAAGACUUUCUUUGGUCACUUAAAUGAGAAAAAGAACCAGCACCCUUAA